GGGGAAUAUCAAACGUGUCAUUUUCAUCGAUACACUCACACUCUCUCUGUGACAUGCUGUAGAGAACCAACAAUGGGUAGAAAAUCGGUGUUACCAAAAGGUAAAGAUAAAGUUACCGACGGUAAAUCCUCGUCGUCGGCAGGUAAAAGAAAACGUAACGACGAUUACGAUGAGGAUAAAACCGGUGGUCGCAAAAGAAAAGAUCGUAGCGUACUUCAGUUCGUUGAUGACGUGGCUUACGAUGUCGACGACGAUGAUGACGACGACGACGAUUUCAACUUUAGCGACGACUCUGAUUUCUUCGAUGAAGAUUUGCUUGAAGAGGAAUUUGGAAGUAAUGUUGAAAUCAAGAAUGAACCUGCGAGAACACCCCAACUCCCAGUGGUCAAAGAGGAGGAAAUGGAUGGAGAAGAGCUAGAGCAAAUGUUAAGGGAGCGUUAUAGACCAGGUUCUAGUUUUGUUUCCUAUGCAGAAGAUAAUGAUGAGAGGAAGAGACAAUUUGAGCAGGACACAAUUGUGCCUACUCUGAAGGAUCCAACUAUAUGGAAAGUUAAAUGCACGGUUGGAAGAGAAAAGCACUCAGCUUUCUGUCUUAUGCAGAAGUACAUAGACUUGCUUGCUCUAGGAACAAAGCUGCAAAUAAUUUCCGCUUUUGCACUUGAUCAUGUGAAGGGAGCUAUUUAUAUUGAGGCUGACAAACAAUUUGAUGUCUACGAGGCAUGUAAAGGACUUUGUAGUAUAUAUUCAAGUAGAGUGGCACCCGUUCCCAUGAAUGAAGUCGCUCAUUUGAUUGCCGUCCGGAAAAAGUCUAGUGGGAUUUCUGAGGGCAUGUGGGCACGUGUCAAAAGUGGAAUAUAUAAGGGCGAUCUGGCACAGGUUGUGGCAGUGAAUGAUGCACGGAAGAAAGUUACGGUGAAGCUGAUUCCAAGAAUAGACUUACAAGCCAUUGCCGACAAAUUUGGUGGAGGAGUUGCUGCCAAGAAGGGAGUUAUUCCAGCACCAAGACUAAUUAGCUCUACAGAGCUUGAAGACUUUCGGCCUCUCAUCCAAUACCGGAAGGAUCGGGAUACGAACCUAAUGUUUGAAAUUCUUGACGGAAAGAUGCUGAAGGAUGGUUAUUUAUACAAAAAAGUGGGGACUGAUUCAUUGAGCUAUUGGGGUGUAGUGCCUACUGAAGCUGAACUCCUAAAGUUUGAACCUUCUAGUAAUGAUGAACCCCAGGAUGUAGAGUGGCUUACCCAGCUUUACGGUAAUCGGAAGAAAAAGAAAAUCACAAAUGAUUUCAAGGUUGGUCAGAAAGGAGGUGAGAAAGGAGAGUGUUCUUCAAGCUCUAGCAUGGAAAACAAUUUUGAAGUGGAUGAUCUUGUAUUUUUUGGUAGGAAUGAUUUUGGCAUUAUUAUUGGCAAGGAGAAAGAUGAUAGCUUUAAGAUCAUGAAAUAUGGUUCAGAUAGACCUGUGGUAGUGAGCAUUCAACUGCGUGAGUUGAAGCGUGCAUCUUUUGAUAAGAAGCUAUUCACUGUGAAAGAUCAGCUAACUAAUGCCAUUUCAAUCGGUGAUGUGGUUAAAGUUUUGGAUGGUUCCUUGAAGGAUAGACAAGGAACUGUGAAGCAGAUCUACAAAGGUGUCGUCUUUCUAUAUGACCAAAGUGAACAGGAUAAUAAUGGUUAUCUCUGUGUCAAAGGUCAGAUUUGUGAAAGAAUUACAGGAAGUGGUGGUGUAUUGAAUGAAAAGGGAAGUGAGCCUGGUUCCUCAGGUUUUGCAGAUUUCUCAUCAUCCCCUAAAUCCCCUCUUUCGCCUGAGAAAUCUUGGAGAGUGAAGGAUGAUAACAACAGCUUCAAGCGCGAGGAUACAAAUGAAAUGUUUUCAGUUGGGCAGGCACUGAGAAUCCGAGUGGGGCCUCUGAAGGGAUAUCUUUGUCGUGUAAUAGCCAUACGACGUUCUGAUGUUACAGUAAAGCUUGAUUCCCAGCAAAAAAUUCUUACAGUCAAAUCCGAACAUCUUGCUGAAGUUCAAGGAAAUAGAUCUGUCAUGUCUCUUGGGGGCGAUGGUGAUGCGGCAAAACCUUUUGACCUGCUUGGAACACAGGAUGGUUCUCAAGAUUGGAUGGUUCAAGGGGCCACAGCCACUGAGGGUAGCACCGGAAAUGCAGGAGCAUCAUCCUCUGCUGAAAGGAGUUCUUGGCCUGCCUUUCCUUCUUCAAGCUUAUCGGUUCAGCUGGAUUCUGCUGAUGAUUCAAAAACUGGUAAUUCGAUAUGGGAGACUAAAGCAACUCAAACUCAGAAUACAUCAUGGGGUGCAUCUGGAGUCAGUGAAGGAACUGUUGCUGGCUCUGGGCAAGAUGAUGGUUGGGCGAAAGCUACUUCUACUGCUGGUGCCACUAGUGGUGCGUCCGAUGGCUGGGGCAAAAAGGUUGAAUCACAUCAAGAGAGCACCAAGAAGGUUAUGGAUAAUUCCUGGGGCAGAUCUGUGCAAAAACAAGGGAAUAAUGAUGAUUCUGGCAAAACCUCAUGGGGCAAGCAGGAUGGUGGAUCUUCUUGGGGUAAGCAGUCUGAUGCUAAUACAGAAUCUGACUGGAAAAAACAAGAUGGUGGAUCGGACAAGACAGAUAAAACCUCGUGGAGCCAGCAGGGUGCCGGAUCUUCUUGGAAUAAAAGUGAUGGUAGAUCGUCUUGGAGUAAGCAAGCGGGUGGAUCUUCUUGGGGUAAGCAAUCUGAUGCAAAUGCAGAAACUGGAUGGAAAAAGCAAGACGGUGGAUCAAAUAAGACAGAGAGCAAAACCUCUUGGAGUCAGCAGGAUGGUGGAUCUUCUUGGAAGAAGAGUGAAGGUGAAGGUGGAUCCUCCUGGGGUAAGCAAUCUGAUGCAAAGGCAGAGAAUAGCUGGAAAAAGCAAGAUGGUGGAUCUAGCUGGAGUAAGCCAGACAACAAAACCUCUUCUAGCCAGCAGGACUCUGGAUCCUCUUGGAAUAAAAACAAUGGUGGAUCUUCUUGGGGUAAGCAAUCUGAUGCAAAUGCGGAGACUGACGGGAAAAAACAAGAUGGUGGAUCUAGUUGGAGCAAGCCUGACGACAGCAAAACCUCUUGGAGCAAGCAGGAUGAUGGUUCUUCUUGGAACAAAAAGGAGGAUGUAUCAUUCACCAAGCAAGCUGGAGGUACUUCAUGGGACAAGGGAAGUGGUGGAUCUGCUUGGAUCAAGAAGGAAGCCGAAUCUGGUGGGGGCAAAAAGGAUGGUGGGUCUUCUUGGGGUAAACAAGCUGCAGGGGGAUCGUCUUGGAAAAGAGGUCAUGAUAAAAAUCUUGAUGAAGACACCGGUGUUCCAGUUAAUCAGUCUUCUGAUUCUCAGAGCGGUGGUGGUUGGAAUGCUUCCAAACGGUCAAAUGAUGGAUGGUCUUCUAGUUGGAAUAAAAAUUCUGCCACAAAGGAGGUAGGAGGUUCUAGUGGAAAUCAGUCUGAUUGGGACAAAAAAUCUGGUCAAGUGGGUGGAGCCGCUGGUUGGGACAACAAGAUCACUCAUAAAGAGUCAGAAGGAAACUCCUCUGCAUGGAAUAGCAAAUCUGCAGUCGAACAAGAUGGAAAUGGAAAAAAUCAAAAUGAUCCAUGGAGUGCCAAAAAGACUUCUGAUGGAGGUUCAUCUACAGGAUGGGGUCAAAGUAAUUCGUGGAAGAGUGGAACGAAUGAUGCAGUUGGACAAGAUUCUUGGAGCAGCAAAAGUAACUGGAAUUCUGGAAGUGACUUUGGUGGCAACAACCAGCAGUCUGAUUCUUACAGUGACAGGGGAAGAGGUGGUGGUUGGAGGGGAGGCCGUGGUGGAUCAGAUAGGGGUGAAUAUGGAGGUGGGGGUGGUUCAGAUCGUGGUGGCUUUGGAGGCAGGGGAGGUUUUCGAGGUAGAGGGGACAGAGGAGGUUCUAGAGGUAGAGGAUCAGAAGGAGGAGGCAGCAGCUGUUUCAAGUGUGGCGAGUCUGGACACUUUGCUAGGGACUGUGACCAGGGUGGAAGCGGCGGUGGUGGUGGCGGUAGAUAUUCUGGUGGUGGAGGUGGCGGCGGCGGUUGCUACAAGUGUGGGGAGGACGGUCACUUUGCCCGUGAAUGCCCCAGCAGUGGUGGAGGAGGUGGUGGCGGUGGCGGCAGCGGCGGCGGUUGCUACAAGUGUGGGGAGAACGGUCACUUUGCCCGUGAAUGCCCCAGCGGUGGCGGAGGCAGUAAGUUUUCUGCUGGUGGAGGUGGCGGCGGCGGUUGCUACAAGUGUGGGGAGGAUGGUCACUUUGCCCGUGAAUGCCCCAGCGGUGGCGGAGGCGGUAAGUCUUCUGGUGGUGGAGGUGGCGGCGGCGGUUGCUACAAGUGUGGGGAGGACGGUCACUUUGCCCGUGAAUGCCCCAGCGGUGGCGGAGGCGGUAAGUAUUCUGGUGGUGGAGGUGGCGGCGGCAGCAGUUGCUACAAGUGUGGGGAGGCGGGUCACUUUGCCCGUGAAUGCCCCAGCAGUGGCAUGGGAACUGGUUCAGGAAACGCAAGCACAGCUUGGACUGCAAACAAAUUCAACACUGAGGAUUGGAACAAAUCAAAAGAAACAAGUGACGGACCGAGUGAUACGUGGGGUAAAACAUCCAGCUCUUGGGGCAAAGGAAAUAGUUCUGGCAGCCAGGGAGGCACAGCUUGGACUGCAAACAAAUCCAACACUCAGGAUUGGAACAAAUCAAAAGAAACAAGUGACGGACCGAGUGAUGCGUGGGGUAAAACAACCAGCUCUUGGGGCAAAGGAAACAGUUCUGGCAGCCAGGGAGGUACAGCUUGGACUGCAAACAAAUCCAACACUGAGGAUGUGAACAAAUCAAAAGAAACAAGUGACGGACCGAGUGAUGCGUGGGGUAAAACAACCAGCUCUUGGGGCAAUGGAAACAGUUCUAGCAGCCAGGGAGGCUGGUGACAGCUUUGAAUGGUUAUUUUGCUAUGGAAGGUCGAUUGAGCUAUCCGUCUAAUUAUCUGGUUUUUAGUUUGUAAAAAGAACAAAGGACAGACUUUCUUGGGGAGCAUGAAUUGGGACUUUAGAUGCUAAGAUUUGUCGUAAGUUAUUACUCUUGAAUUGCAGAACAUAAACUAUUUGAAUGUUGGAUAUUUGUGCUUGCUUUAUUUUCACUUCGGAGACUGA